UAUCACUGCUGACUUCCCUACCGGAAGUUUUUUCCGAACUCUACGCGGGAAACCAAUGUUUUCUCUCUGCUGUCCGCUUGUAGAUUUGAUUCCGCGCGGGACGCAGCAGAAAAGUUAGUCAGUGGAGAAAAAAACUGUAGCAAGAUGAAGGUGAUAACAUGUGAGAUUGCGUGGCACAACAAAGAACCUGUCUACAGUCUGGACUUCCAGCACAACUCAGAGGGCCGCAUACACAGGCUGGCCACAGCAGGAGUGGACACCACUGUCAGGUUGUGGCGUGUGGAGAUGGGGCCUGAUGGGAAAGCAGUGGUGGACUUCCUGUCCAACCUUGCACGGCACACCAAGGCUGUCAACGUGGUGCGCUUCUGCCCCAACAGUGAGCUGCUCGCUUCUGGAGGAGAUGAUUCAGCCAUCCUGCUGUGGAAGCUGAAUGACAAUAAGGAGCCUGAGCAGGCCCCGUCGUUCCAGGAGGAGGAGGAUAGUCAGCUCAACAAGGAGAGCUGGAGCGUGGUCAAGACCCUGCGGGGACAUAUUGAGGAUGUGUAUGAUAUCAGCUGGACCCGGGAUGGGAACUUCAUGAUCUCUGGUUCUGUGGACAACACUGCCAUUAUGUGGGAUGUAACAAAGGGUCAGAAGCUGUGCAUCUUUAAUGACCAUAAGAGCUAUGUGCAGGGAGUGACCUGGGACCCGCUGGGCCAGUAUGUGGCCACACUCAGCUGUGACAGGGUGAUGCGUGUGUACAGUACUCAGAGCAGGAGGAAAGUCUACAGUGUCAGUAAGAUGAGCUCUGGAUCAGCUGCGGAGGGAGAGGUGAAACAGUACCGAAUGUUCCAUGACGACAGCAUGAGGUCUUUCUUCAGACGCCUCACCUUCACACCGGACGGCUCCUUCCUGCUCGCCCCAGCAGGGUGUGUGGAGGCGGGAGAGAACAUCACCAACACCACCUACGUCUUCUCCAGGAAGAGCCUCAAGAGGCCCAUAGCUCACCUGCCCUGCCCUGCUAAAGCCACCCUGGCUGUACGCUGUUGCCCUGUCUACUUUGAGCUGAGGACCAAGAAGGGAGAGGAUGGCAGUGCUCAGCCCCUGCCCAACACGUUUGGCUUGCCCUACAGACUGGUGUUUGCUGUGGCCUCUGAGGAUUCCAUCUUCCUUUAUGACACUCAGCAGACCCUACCUUUCGGCUACGUCUCCAACAUCCACUACCACACACUCAGCGACCUCACCUGGUCUCGGGAUGGUUCCUUCCUGGCGGUGUCGUCUACAGAUGGCUACUGCUCCUUCCUGUCCUUCUCCCCUGGUGAGCUGGGCACGCCCCUCAAGGAGCCCCCUGUCCUGGAGGUCGUCACCCCUGGCAAUGGGCUCGAAAAGAAGGGCAAGAAGGUUGCAACGGCCCGCACGGUGUCCCCCGUCCCCAAAACAACAGAGCGCACCGCCCCUAUUCACCCCACCCCUAAAGAGGCCCCCAGCACCCCCAUCUCCUCCCUCACCUCCCCUGGCCCCCCCCUGACCCCUGGGGGAGAGGAGAAGAAGAACCCUGGUAGGGCCAAGACCCAGCCCCGUAGGAUCACCCUCAACACCCUGGAGGGGUGGGGCAAGCCCAGCACCCCCAAAGCGCCUGCUGCUAGUGCCCCCAAAACCCCCACCACGGCCAGCACCAGCACACCCUCCACCCCUCAGCAGCCUCGCCUCACCCUCUCUACCCCCAACACCCCCCUCGCCCCCUCUAUAGCCCAGCCCUGCCUGACGCCAAAAGCCCAAUGCAGCAGUGGUAAAACCCUGGGCCCCAGCACCCCUAAAGCUAGCACCACCCCUAAAGGGCCUGCCCCCAGACGGAUAUCUCUGACUCCUGUCAUCUCCAGAUCUCCAGCUGCCUUCAGCACACCCUCCUCCACAGAGAAAGCCAAACAUGAACGGCCCUCUCCCCCCACUGACCCUGUGUGCCAGCCCCCAGAGUCCAAGCGGACCAAAACCAACACCCUGGCAGGCAAGACAGGGGUGGCUCUAGCCUCAGGGUCAACACCCAAACCCUAAGGACCCCAUGUUACUAAGAACACUGAAACACGAGUACAGAGCAGCACAGAGAGUGGUGUCAACAUGCAACUCACAUAUUAUCCUCCUACACUCACACACACACUUUUGGAGUUUAGCCUACUGAACUGCAUAGACUGGUGUUGUCAGCUAAAACACACAAGUUCACAGAGCGAAGACUGGCAUUUUUCUUCUAACGUUAUUAUGUAACUUCACGUUCUCAAUCUGUAGCUCUUUUUAGUGGAUAACCAGGUUAUUGUGAAAUUUAAAUAAAGGAUAUGAAACAAAAAGUUUAAAAUAGGCUAAAAGAAGCCUAGAUCACGUAUGAAACUCAAUGGUCAUUGACUUUUAGUCAGAAUUAUUGUCUGUAUAAGUAUUAUAUUAGUACACUAUAUAUACAGUGUCUUUUCGAAAGUAUUCACACCACUUGACUUGUUACACAUUUUCUUAUGCGACAGCCUUAUUCUCAAAUGUAUUACAUAACAUUUUCCUCAGCAAUCCACACAAUACCCCAUAAUGACAAAGUGAAAACAUGUUUUUAGACAUUUUUGCAAAGUUAUUAAAAACAAACCUUUUCUACAUAAGUAUUCAGACUCUUUGCUAUGAGACUCAAAUAAGCUCAGGGGCAUCCUGUUUUCAUUGAUCAUCCUUGAGCUGUUUCUACAUCUCAAUUGCAGUCUGUGGUCAAUUCAAUUGAUUGGACAUGAUUUGGAAAGGCACACGCAUGUCGAUAAGGUCCCACAGUUGACAGUGCAUGUCAGAAAAAAACAGAGCCAUGAGGUCGAAGGAAUUGUCCGUAGAGCUGUGAGAAUGGAUUGUGUCGAGGCACAAAUCUGGAGACGGGUACCAAAACAUUCUGCAGCACUGAAGGUCCCUCAUUCUUAAAUGGAAUACGUUUGAAACCACCAACACUCUUUCUAUAGCUGGCUGCCUGGCCAAACUGAGCAAUUGAGGGAGAAGGGCCUUUGUCAGGGAGGUGACCCAAGAACCCGAUGGUCACUGACUGAGCUCCAGAGUUUCUCUGGAGAUGGGUGAACCUUCCAGGACAACCAUCUCUGCAGCACUUCACCAAUUAGGCCUUUAUGGUAGUGGCCAGACGGAAGCCACUCAGUAAAAUGCACAUGACAGCCCACUCUGAGUUUGCCAAAAGGCAUCUAAAGAACUCUCAGACCAUGAGAAACAAGAUUCUCUGGUCUGAUGAAACCAAUAACUCUUUGGCCUGAAAGCUAAGAGUCACGUCUGGAGGAAACCUGGCACCAUCCCUACGGUAAAGCAUGGUGGUGGUAACGUCAUGCUGUGGGGAUGUUUUUCAGCAGCAGGGACUGGGAGACUUGUCAGGAUUGAGGCAAAGGUGAAUGGAGCAAAGUACAGAGAGAUCAUUGAUGAAAACCUGCUCCAGAGCACUCAGGACCUCAGACUGGGGUGAAGGUUCACCUUCCAACAACCCUAAGCACACAGCCAAGACAACGUAGGAGAGGCUUCGGGAUAAGUCUCAAUGUCCUUGAGUGGCCCAGCCAGAGCCCGGACUUGAACCCGAUCGAACAUCUCUGAAGAGACCUGGAAAUAGCCAUGCAGCAACGCUCCACAUCCAACUUGACAGAGCUUGAGAGGUUCUGCAGAGAAGAAUGGGUGAAACUCUCCAAAUACAGGUGUGCCAACUUGUAGCAUCACACACACGACGACUCGAGGCUGUAAUCACUGCCAAAGGUGCUUCAACAAAGUACUGAGUAAAGGAUCUGAAUACUUAUGUAAAUGUCAUAUUUCAGUUUUUUUAUUUUAUAAAUUAGCAAACAUUUCUGAAGCAGUUUUUGCUU